CUCGACAAGGCUUCGACCGCAAACUCCCGACUCUCUCCCUCUCUCUCUCUCUCCCUCGGCUCUGCAUCGGGAGAAGUGCCUCGUCUCCUUGCAUCGACAUGGCUCAACGAGGACACGUACCGCGUUUCGGUGAUUGGAACGAGAACGCUGCCUACACGAUAUGCUUCGACACGGCACGCAAGGGGAAAGUUGCCGGAGGCAACAUCGUCAACCCAAAUGAUCCAGAGCAGAGCCCUGAGCUCCACAAGCCUGCUGCAAUGGCUGCUGCAGAACCCCAGCAUCCUAAGCAAGGCCGCGGGGACAAGGCCGUGGAGUUCAAUAUCGCGAAUCAGCAUCAUCAGGGAGCAAAUUAUGUCAGGGAAGAGAGGAGGGAAGAGAGGCAAUUCCAAGGAUACCCACAAGCUGCACCGCAGCCUCGAGGUAGCGGUGGUCAGAGAACAGGGGCACGCAGGAACCCAGGUGAAGCUGGCUAUGUCCGGUCUCCAUCGCCGGUAACACAGGGUAGAGCAGCAAAUUCUCGACAAAAUGUCGCUGGGCGCCAAAGACCCGCGACGGUACCCAAGUUCGGCGAAUGGGAUGCAGCGGACCCGAAAUCAGCAGGAUACACGGUCAUCUUCAACCAGGUUAAAGAGGAAAAGAAGACAGCCGUCGCUUGGGUCCCCGCAGUUCCGGUUCAACCUGCACGAUCUCCGGCCACCGAGAGGGCGCACCACAAUGAUUCGUACUGGAUUGGGGUAUGCACCAAGCUUGGUUUCCUGUAUUCUCCAUGCGUUACUUGAGAUGCACUCCAUCUUCUAAUCCUGUGUGUACAACCGACGCUCGGCAGCUAUUCCCAUGCCUACGCCCCAGCGUCAGAUACUGAUCGAGAAGAAGUCCAAAUGGUCAAGACGGUGCGACGAAUUCGAUCGAACAACUUGUGGUUGCAUGGGUUGGAUACGCUCAGCAUGGUCUGUUCGACGAGAUAUGUUUGGCACAACUCGACAUGUGUGUACUGUGAGUGGGGCUGUCAUCUGCUAUUGUUUUGGUCCAAAAGCUGGAGGUCUCGUAGUUAGUAUCCGGCCAACAAUCAAGCAAAAAAGAACAAUGCAUAUGAACACUUCAUUAUCUUCUUCCA